AUUGAAUACCAAUCAGCUUCAUUCUCUGGUCUUCUGGGAUCUUGAGACAUGACUCUAACUCCAUCUCAAACUUGUUUCUUCCUUCAACUCUGACUUCUUUCAAGUUGUUGAGCCUGAUCUCAAAUUCACUCAGAGCAUCCACUUCUUUAUUUAGAGAUACGCCUUCAGAGUGUGGAGGAUUUAGAAUGUCUCAUAAAGAUUUUGGCUGAGUUUUAGCAUUAAGAAGCAGCUUGGAGUUGAGCAGACGCUUCUUCAGAUCCAUGAAAUUCUUUGCUAUUCUCAAGAUACCAUUGGUACAAGAAGAAGGAUUAAAUGACGCUUAUCCUCCUCAACAAUCUGCUGGUCAAAAUAGAAGAAUCUUUUGUUAGUCCAUCCUUUUUAUUACUUAGUUUAGAGAUUUUUAAGAGGAAGGUUUCUAUAUUUUGAGAAUUUGAAGGGAUAAGAUAAAAUUGUUUUGUUUAGUAAAAGGUGAUUUUACCCCCUAGGAAAGCUUAGUGGUUAUCUUGUUUACUGGAUUUGUCUCUUCUUGGAGUUACGUAGCUUGGUUAGCCUCAGUAUAAAAUUUAGUAGCGAAUCUGCUCGAUGAUUCAAAAAUAUUGUGAAAAUUAUGUUCUUUGUUCUCAUCAAUCUUUCUUAUUCGACUAAUGUGGGGUAAUACCUGAAAUAUUUUCAACCUUUUAAUUUGAUCAGUUGUUGAUCGUGAGAUCCCCUUGCACUCAUGAUUUUCUAUCUAAGAAGUAUUUAAAUUUCUUUAACCAGAGAAGUUUACCACUCUCUAUAAGAUACCAUUGAGACAUUGAUUAAGUAGCAAACACAGAGUGACAGAUAAAAUUGAACUAAAAAUAAGUUCGUAGACUAUAUCUCCAUGAGAAUGCACUAAUUCUUAGUUUAGAUCAGCUUUGUUGGCUAUUUAUUUUCCGAGUGGAAAUAUACAGAUAUUCGUUAACUUCUUAUUUGUAUUUUUUAUCUAAUCUUGUUUAAAAUCGAUCUUCAUGUCAUUCUGUAGAUCUAGAACAAUUUAGGCAUCGAUCCACUAAAUUUUGCUUUUAUUAUUUUCUCAAAUCACCACCCAUCACUUGUGGAUUCAGCUAUAAAUGUCUGCUAAGCUAGCCUCUUGUACCAUUUUCUGUAAUUUCUUGGUCUUUUUGUGUAUCAUUACUUAUUUGAUUCUUCCUGUAAUAUUCUUACUUUUCAUCUGACUAAUCUAGCCUGGUUUCUUACAGAGAAAAUAACAUUUCAGAUUCCGAAUAUAAGUUUAUAAAGAGUCUGUUUUUUUUGUAAGGCUCAUGGCAUAUGAUGACGCUAUGGUGGUCCAGAGACUGCAGGAUCUUAAUUUCGUCUUUUAUUAAAGCUAUUUCUGCCUCAGUCAAGUUCUUUUUAGAUAAAGUCUUGAUGGCCACCUUCGUCGCAGCAGUUGAGCCCAGAAACACUUUUCCGUAGGUUCCAGUGCCCAUGAGUUUGGGAUGGAUAGUGUACUUCUCGCGGAUCUGCUUGAAACUUCCCGUUCUGAUGAUGCUCCGAUGUUGGAGCCGAGGCUUGUGAAUUUUCUUGCUUGAACUGCAGCAGCCCAUGU